AUGUCCUAUUUCGAUUCGGUUGUUGUUGUUUUGUCCGUUACCAAUUAGUGAUCCCCUCUCUCUCCUCUGUGCUCACGAACGUGCCUGUUUCUUCCCUGUCUGCACGCGAUCUUCAGAAAGAAACCUAAAUAAUACUCAAUACUCCUCUUCCGUCACAUCACCCAUUGGUGAUUUGCUAUUGGUGAAGUAAAACAGCACCCAACAGGGUUUUGCCCAAACAUUUGGGAAUUCUAACACCUGGGUUCUUCCGGGUUGUGUCAGAAAAUGAUGAAUUCAUAACUUUUUUUCCGGUUCUAGGUUGAGAAGAGAGUUUUUCUCUUUGUGGGUCUAUGGAAGAAGAAAGGAUUGAGGAGAGCAGUGAGAGGUUGUUGAGAACUGGGUCGACCAGGUGGGUUGAUGGGAGUGAAGUUGACUCGGAGACCACGCCGUGGUCGUUGCAUGAUGAGAGUGGUGAAGCGUAUGGAUCUGUCAGGAGGAGGUUGGUCAAGAAGGCCAGGAGAGUUGAUUCCUUCGAUGUCGAAGCCAUGGAAAUUGCUGGUUCUCAUGGCCACCAUUCCAAGGACUCUUCCAUUUGGCAAACUCUUGCAUUGUCAUUUCAAACACUUGGCGUUGUAUAUGGUGACAUGGGCACAAGCCCUCUAUAUGUUUUUGCUGAUGUGUUCAGCAAGGUGCCCAUCAAGUCAGAGGUUGAAAUCUUGGGGGCAUUAUCCCUAGUAAUGUACACAAUUGCCCUUCUGCCUUUAGCAAAAUAUGUUUUUGUAGUGCUCAAAGCUAAUGAUAAUGGUGAAGGAGGAACCUUUGCUCUAUAUUCACUGAUCUGCCGGUACGCGAAGGUGAAUCGGCUACCAAAUCGUCAGCCGGCUGAUGAACUAAUCUCCAGUUUUAAGCUGAAACUGCCAACUCCAGAGUUAGAAAGGGCUUUGGGUAUAAAAGAGACCUUGGAACGGAAAUCCUCCAUGAAGACCCUUCUCUUGCUGUUGGUUCUGAUGGGAACUUCCAUGGUGAUAGGAGAUGGCAUUCUUACCCCGGCAAUAUCUGUCAUGUCUGCUGUGAGUGGUCUUCAGGGUAAAAUUUCAGGAUUCGGUACAAGUGCUUUAGUUAUUGUGUCAGUUGUUAUCCUUGUGGGGUUGUUUAGCAUACAGCAGUUUGGGACUAGUAAAGUUGGUGUUACAUUUGCUCCUGCACUUGCUUUGUGGUUCUUUAGUUUGGGUGCUAUUGGACUUUACAACCUGAUUACGCACGAUUACACUGUCUUGAGGGCCUUCAAUCCAGCUUAUAUCUAUUUUUUCUUCAAGAGGAACACUGGAAAGGCAUGGUCAGCUCUUGGUGGUUGUGUUUUAUGCAUUACAGGAGCAGAAGCAAUGUUUGCUGAUUUGGGCCAUUUCUCUGUACCGUCUAUACAGAUUGCCUUCACUUUUGUGGUAUUCCCGUGCCUUCUGUUGGCUUAUAUUGGUCAAGCUGCAUAUUUAAUGAAAUACCCAGAUUCAGUUGAACGAAUUUUUUAUGAUUCUAUCCCAGAGGUCUUUUUUUGGCCUGUUUUUGUGAUCGCCACAAUUGCUGCAAUAAUUGCCAGUCAAGCCAUGAUAUCUGCUUCAUUUUCAUGUGUCAAACAAUCCAUGGCUCUUGGAUGCUUCCCAAGGCUUAAAAUUGUUCACACCUCAAGGCGGCUGAUGGGUCAAAUAUACAUCCCUGUGAUCAAUUGGUUUCUGAUGACCAUGUGUGUGUUGGUCGUCGCGACCUUUCGAAGCACCACUGACAUUGCAAAUGCAUAUGGCAUAGCAGAAGUUGGUGUGAUGAUCGUCACCACGACCUUGGUGACACUUGUGAUGCUUCUAAUUUGGCAAACCAAUUUGAUUCUGGCCCUGUGUUUCCCACUUGUAUUUGGAACAGUAGAGCUCAUCUACUUAUCUGCAGUCCUAUCAAAAAUCUUAGAAGGCGGUUGGCUUCCCCUUGCUUUUGCUUCUAUCUUUCUCUGUGUGAUGUACACUUGGAACUAUGGGAGCGUGUUAAAGUACCAAAGUGAGGUAAGGGAGAAGAUCUCAAUGGAUUUCUUAAUUGAGCUGGGCUCCAGCCUCGGUACAGUUAGGGUUCCGGGAAUGGGAUUAAUGUACAAUGAGCUUGUCCAAGGGAUUCCUUCGGUUUUUGGACAGUUCCUAUUGGACCUUCCUGCUAUCCACUCUACACUCGUAUUCGUUUGCAUCAAGUAUGUCCCGGUUCCGGUUGUCCCCCAAGAAGAAAGGUUUCUGUUCCGGAGGGUUGGCCCUAAAGACUACCAUAUGUUUCGGUGUGUUGCACGGUACGGCUACAAAGAUGUCAGAAAGGAAGAUCACCGUGCGUUUGAGCAACUUCUGGUCGAAAGCCUAGAGAAAUUUUUGAGAAGGGAGGCUCAAGAUUUUGCCUUGGAGAGCAAUUUGGAGGAGAUCGACAGUAUUUCUGAACAGUCAAGGGAAUCAAGGGACUCUGGGUUCCCACAAGUUUAUGGGACAUUGGAGCUCAGGAUUCCUUUGAUGGGUGAUCAAAGAUUGGACGAAGCGGGAAGCUCAGCUUCGUUCGAACAUCUGUCAGCGGCAUUGCCGUCUAGUGUAAUGUCAUCAGAUGAGGAUCCAAGCCUUGAGUAUGAGCUUUCAGCUCUUCGCGAAGCCAUGGAGUCUGGAUUUACUUACUUGCUUGGAGAUGGUACCGUGAAGGCGAAGAAAAGCUCUUGGUUUAUCAAGAAGUUAGUUAUAAACUACUUCUAUGCAUUCCUGAGGAAGAACUGCAGAGGCGGUGCUGCUACUAUGAAGGUUCCGCAUACCAAUAUAAUUCGAGUUGGAAUGACAUACAUGGUUUGAUCUAGUAUAUAAUCAAAAAUUUUCUUUUUAUUGGCUACUAUUAUAGCCUUUAUGAGGUUUAGGAAAAUUCUUGAUAAAGCCUAUAUAUGAGAGGUUUAGGAAAAUUCUUGAAAACAACAUGACUUGUACCACCAGAAAUAUCUGGGUGGGUUUUUGGGACCUAAUGUUAUGUUUGGAUAAGUAGACCCCUGUA